AUGGAUGACUUAACAUAUUCUGAUGAUUAUAUUUCAGAUAAUUUAUCACAUAAUGAUUCCACUUUUAAUGCCUUAACACAAAAUGAUUCUAAUACUGAUAUCUUCUUGCAAAAUAAUAGUGGAGUAGAAAUAAAUAAUACUUUUAAAACCAAAGAUCAUUGGAUAGAAGUAAUACAUAAUAAUAAAAAAUCGUGGAGAUGUUUGCACUGUCAAAAUAAAGUAUAUUCUUGUAAUACUAGUAGAACAUAUCUAAAAAACUAUACCUUAUCUUGUUCUAGCAAUUUCGUAGACGAUAAUCAUAAUAGACCUAUGUCAAGAGAUGAUAUGGAUGAUUCAAUAGUCGAUUUAGUUAUUGGGACUGGAAUAUCUUUUAAUGUUAUUGAUAGCCCAUUAUUUCACAGAAUGGCAAGAAAACUUUAUCGUGUAACUCAUUCUUACAAGAUUCCCCACUCAACAACAGUGUCUCGACAUUUAUCUGGUAAUAUUUUUGAUAAAAGAUUAGAGUUUGUAAAAGAGGCAUUAGCAAAAACUUCAAGCAAAAUUUCUUUUACCUAUGAUGGAUGGUAUUCGACUGUCCACAAAUGCCAUUAUAUGGUUGUUACAGUAUCAUGGAUAAGUACCGAUUGGGAGAUAGUUAAUAUUAUUUUAAACUUCCAAGAGUCAGAACAAACAGCCAUUGAUAUAAAAUCUGCCGUGAGUCGAAUUAUUCAAAGUGAAUUACCUAAUAACAAUAUUAUAUCAAUUGGCUGCAUGUGCCAUAUUUUAAAUCUAAUUAUUAAAGCUGGAUUAGCAAGAAUAAGUGAACUUCAUAAAAAAAUACAUAAAAUAAUGAAAUAUCUAGCAAAUCCCUUAGCAAGUGAAGAAGAAGAAUUAAUAGAGCUUAAAUCAGUUUGUCAGCUUCUUAAGCUAUUCGAAGCUGCUACAUUAGUUCUUUCAAAAGACAAGUCAAAUUCAAUAUCUGAUGCUCUAACAUUAAUGAAAAGAAAGUUUGAUAAGUAUUGGAAUAAAAUAAUUGAUCAAGUUAUAAUCGCACAUGUUCUUGAUCCAAGAUACAAGAUGGAACAUUUGAAGACAACAUUAAUUGAAAUUGGCGAGUAUAGUGAAUUGGCUGCAGAACAAUUUGUCAAUAAUAUUCGACAAAUAAUAAUUCAAUAUGGUGCAAAUUAUACAAAUACCAAUAUACAAUCAUCUUCCGUUGAAGUUGUCGGAGUUGAUCAUAAUAAUUCUUUAUCUGAUACAUCAUUUCCUAAAAGAUGCAUGUUAAAAAGACCUUCUUAUAAUAUUAAUACAGUUGGUUAUGAAUUAAUAUUGUAUAAAAGAGAACCUCCUGAAGAAAUUAGAAGUAAUGAUGAAAAUAAUAGACUUUCCUGUUGA